GGGACCUCCGGCAGAUUUGUUCAUAUAUAAUGUAAAUGAGACUUACGAUGUACAAAUGAAAACGAAGACAAUAUAUAUGGGCCGGAGUGCUCUGUGGAGUUCAGCUAUACGCCCCCGUCCUUCAUCUAAACCUCCAUAAUGCAUUACCCACUGAACGCAAGACUUGCGGAGGCAAUGGUCUGUAGAAGGCACGUUCACGUGCGGUGGAACUCCGGGGACCAAUAACUGCGCAACUCCAGAGUUAUUGAAGCGUGAAAGGUGGUCCAGCUGCGCAUGGCAUAGAGAACAUGACCUAAACAUGGAUACCCACGCGUGUGACGGAGGGCCAAGAUCCGCGGCGGAAUAUUAAAUGAAAUAUUGGGCUACGGCAACGGCACAGACUGGCUGAGGGACUACAGCGACAUCCAAUCGAAGUUCUCCCUGCGCACCUGUGACGGUCCGGAUGAGGACCUGUGCUACCUGGUACCUGGUCACCCGCACACCGCCCACGAGUGCCAGUUCCACGCCCACGCACAGACCUUCAUGAUAAUUCACGGCUGGACGGUAACGGGGAUGUUUGAGAGCUGGGUGUCCAUGCUGGUGCAGGCUCUGUACGAGCGGGAGCCCCACGCUAACGUGCUGGUGGUGGACUGGCUGGACCGAGCCCGUCAGCACUACCCCACCUCCGCCGCCAACACCAAGCUGGCGGGCCGCGACGUCGCCAAGUUCAUCAACUGGAUGGAGGUGGAGCUACAGUACCCCCUGGAGAUGGUGCACCUGCUGGGGUACAGUCUGGGGGCCCACGUGGCCGGCAUCGCUGGAGAUCUCUCCAAAAACAAGGUCUACAGGAUCACAGGUCUGGACCCUGCUGGCCCGGGGUUCGAGCAUGCUGACGCGCAGAGCUCCCUCUCCCCGGAUGAUGCCGAAUUUGUGGACGUCCUGCACACGAACACGAGGGGGUCCCCCGGGCGCAGCAUCGGGAUCCAGCGGCCCGUGGGGCACGUGGACAUCUACCCCAACGGCGGGACGUCCCAGCCCGGCUGCGAUCUACAAAGCGCCAUGCUGAAGAUCGCCAUGUCCGGCAUCCAGAAUAUGAAUCAGUUAAUGAAGUGUUCCCAUGAGCGCUCAGUGCUCCUGUUUGUCGACUCGCUGCUGAACUCUGAGCAGCAGAGCACGGCGUUCCUCUGCAGCUCCAGGGAGACCUUCAGCCGCGGCCUGUGUCUCAGCUGCCGUGGCAACCGCUGCGCCAAGCUGGGCUACGGCGCCCGGCCGGUCCGCGCCCGCCGGAGCCUCACCAUGUACCUGCACACCCGCGGGGUCAUGCCCUACAAAGUUUUUCACUUCCAGGUGAAAGUACAUUUCUUCAGCCAGGACAAUGUGACCUUCAGGGACCAGCCACUGAAGGUGUCUCUCUUCGGGACUCUGGGAGAGAAGGAAGACAUUAGCCUCAUCCUGCCCACCAUGCAGGGGAACAGCACUGCGUCCUUCCUGGUGACGUCGGACGUGGAGGUGGGGGAGCUGCUGCGGGUGGAGCUGCAGUGGGUGAAGGACUACGUCUUCAAGUUCUGGGAGCACCCCGGGCUGAGCCCAUUCUACGCCCGCAGGCUACGCGUCAAAGCUGGGGAGACACAGGCCAGGGUGGUGUUCGGGGCCAAAGAUGGGGAGUUUGUCUUCCUCUCCAGAGGAGGGGGCUACGUCACCUUCAUCAGAUCCAAAGAGGACCCAGCCAGCCUGAAACAGGAGAGGCUGCACAGGCUGAAGAUGAUUGGCAGCUCGUUCAAGCAGAGCGCAGAGUAAUUCUGGCCCCGCCCCGGAUCCUGGGAAUCAGAAACGGAGAGUGCUCAUUGGCUGAGACCCGGUUACCGU